AUUAGUCUACUUGCUCCCUGAGUUUCAGUAUGUUCAGGUUUUUGUGGCUGUAAUCCAAGUACAUAAGCUAGCAAACAAGUCUGAUAUUAUAGGUUUGCUUGAUAGAGAUGAUACUUGUGCAAAACAAGUUGCACGCAUCUCAAUAGAAAAGGAAUGUUUUAGAAGCUUGUCUAUUAUAUGCAAAUACGACUUUAUCAUGACAUUUCUCAUUUAUCAUCUUUAUUGCAUUAACCAAAACAUCAUAAGUGUCCGUCUUUUACAAGAGAAUUUUUUAUACCUUAGCACGCACGGUCCAACAACUAGUAGUUUACAAUUUGUGAGUGGAUUGUGUUUCCACACCUAAAGUUUUCGAAGUACUUCCUCCUUAUUUACAUACUCCUUUAUGACCAUAUUGGAUUUAUGAAUUACAUAUUUGUAACUAUGUAAAGGAAGAUAUGACAAUGCCAAAUUAUGUUAGAUUUGAUCUAAUGUAUUUUUUUGAAUAUUGACUUUUAUAAUUUUUACUGAUAAAUAAUUAAGGGUACUAGUAGUUAUAAGUGUAUUUGUAAGCGUAAAAGUCAAACUAUUGCAACUAAAAAAAUCGAGGAAGUAUAAUUUUUUAUUAUAAAUUGGAAAUCUUUUGAAGAUGACAGAAUUAAAAGACCAAAUAUUUAGAAGACAAAGUCCAAUGCAGCUUCUGAGGUCUUAUAUUUGACAUUAAUUAAGGAUGGAAGUCUUUACCUACCAUAUUGAAUUAUUAGGCAGUCAAAUUCUAUAUCUUGUUAUAUACUGCAAUUUUUCUAUGGAACAACUUUUUUUAUAAUAUCUGAGUUCUGAAACUAAUUUGAACUGUAAACAUGCAUCUCCUGAGGCUUUUCCUCAUCCUCUCCUCAAUGGUUGCAGUCACAGUAGUUGGCGUUAAGGCGUCAACGGCACCAACCAACAUGUUAACAGCUGCAAACACCACCAAACCUGGUUGUUCGAGGAAAUGUGGUGACUUAACCGUACCAUACCCCUUUGGCAUUGGUACUAACUGCUCUCUUGAUCGCAGCUGGUUCACUAUCCGAUGUAAUACUUCUUACAAUCCUCCAAGAGCUUUCUCAGUGGUUGGCCUCGGGUUUUCAGGAAAUCCGGAAAUCUUGAAUAUAACUGAGAAUCAGGUAAUGGUUCGGAAUUCUCAGAUAGCUUCCAAAUGCUACGAUCCCCAGGGAAACGAGGUCUCAGGAAGUACAGGGAACUUUGAUAUAUAUGAUUCUCCCUUUACUUAUUCAAACACAAAUAAGCUGAUAGUUGUUGGCUGUAAUGAUUAUGCACUAAUUUCUGCUUCAGCUGGGACCGUAUCAAGGGGGAGUCAAUUCAAUUUUAGAGCUGGUUGCCUGGCCUUGUGCUCCAACCCAAAUGAGGUGAUUCAGGGAUCUUGUUCGGGUUUGGGUUGUUGCCAGUCAUCCUUCCCAGUAGGUCUGCAAUCAUUUACAGUUACUCUUUCGAGCUUGCAGAAUCGCUCUAUUGGUGGAGUCUCAUCUGUUCAGCCUUGUGGAUAUGCUUUUUUUGCUGGAAAUGACAGCUUCAGCUUUCAUGGAGCUUCAGAUUUGAGUGGCACGGUUGUAAACAGAACAAUACAGCAAAUCCCUCUUGUGCUUGAUUGGUCUGUUGGAGUCACUCCUGGAACUAGGCUUACAUGUGAUCAAGCGAGAAGAAAUUCAACUACUUAUAUUUGUCAGUCGAAUACAAGGUGUAUUGAUUCGAAUGAAGGUGGUUAUCGUUGCAGAUGCCUGUCAGGCUACGAGGGUAAUCCCUACCUAGAACCAGGUUGCACAGAUGUUGAUGAGUGCGCUACUGGUUCGAACAAUCCAUGUGCCAUGGCGUGUCUUAACACUCCAGGGAGUUUCCAAUGCUAUUGCCCGAGUGGGUAUUCCGGUGAUGGAUAUAGAAAUGGGACAGGCGGUUGCAUAAGGAUUCCUGAUAACAGUUCGUCAUCCCUUAAGAAAAUCAUUCUAGGACUAGGCAUAUCCUUGGGAUCAAUGCUUCUGCUCCUUGCUAGUUGGUAUUUAUAUUCUUUUCUCAAAAGGAGGAGAAUAGUUAAGCAAAGAGCGGCACACUUUGAGAGAAAUGGCGGCUUAUUGUUGCAACAACAGAUGUCUUCUUCUGAUGAAAAUGUCGUAGCAAGAAUGAAAAUCUUUACAGUUGAAGAGUUAGAAAGAGCCACAGACAACUUCAAUAAGGACAGAAUACUCGGGCAAGGAGGCCAAGGUACGGUUUACAAGGGAAUGUUGAGCGAAGGAAAGAUCGUUGCCAUAAAGAAGUCUAAAAUGGUGGAUGCAACUCGAGAAUUCAUUAACGAAGUGGUUAUCUUAUCACAAAUCAAUCAUCGGAAUAUAGUCAAAUUACUGGGAUGUUGUUUAGAGACUGAAGUUCCUUUACUAGUUUACGAGUACAUUACAAACGGAACUCUUUUCCAUCAAAUACACAACCCGAGUGAAGAGUUCCCAAUCACAUGGAGAAUGCGGUUGCAGAUUGCUUCUGAUUCAGCCGGUGCACUAACUUACCUACACUCAUCAUCUUCUGUUCCUAUUCUACACCGAGACAUCAAAUCUUCUAACAUACUUUUGGAUGAAAAGUACAGGGCAAAGGUGUCAGAUUUCGGGACUUCGAGAUCAAUAGCCCUGGAUCAAACCCAUGUAACAACCCGUGUGGUGGGUACGUUCGGGUAUCUUGACCCGGAGUAUUUCCAGUCAAGCCAGUUUACUGAAAAGAGUGAUGUUUACAGUUUCGGGGUUGUACUUGUUGAGCUUCUGACAGGACAGAAGGCAGUACGUAGUGCAUUCGAGGAAGACAGGAGUUUAACUUCAUGGUUUCUCUCGCAUAUGGAAGCUUCUAGUCUGCUUGAAAUCGUGGACACUCAACUCAUACAAGAAGGCUCAAACGAAGAGUUUUACAUCAUUGCUGAUCUCGCAAAACGGUGUUUAAACUUGGAUGGGAAGAGUAGGCCGAACAUGAAGGAAGUUCUGAUCAAAAUUGAAGAGUUGUUGUCACUUCAUUUGCCCCAACAGGUCGGGCCUGGAACUAAGGAAGUGUUUGGCGGUGUAACGGGAAAUGUAUACGACGAGUUUUCGACUACGAGCACGUUUUAUAUGGAAAAUAACACUUCAAGUUCUGCUGAAUUUUCGUUGUUAUUCAAUCCCAGAUGAUAAAUGUGUCUAAAUUCUGCUGAAUUAUCUUUGUUAUUCAAUCCCAGAUGAUACAUAAUGGCUCCUUGGACCUGUGGUUGUUGAUCAGUUACUUUCUUUGAAGAUCUAGCAACAUUUAUUGGGGUUUUGAACAAUAGGUACGUGGAGUCUACGAUACAACAUACUUGUCGAGUGAAAAUAAUGUAGCGUAAUUGAACGCAUUUAUUUAUUUAUUUAUUUUUAUGUUUACUGUAUUUUAAGGUGAGGAAAUGGCUUGAAAUGUUGGAAUGAUGAUACUAAGACGAAUGUAAUUAUGUUCAUUUUUUGGAGCAUAGUUGUAUACAGAGUAGUGUAUUUGUUUAUUUUUGGGUAGAGAAAGCCACAUAAAGUAAUACGGAGUAAUGUAGAUGGAAUUUGAUAUCAGAUGUAUUACUUUUUUGUUACUCUAUAGAUUAUAAGAUUGUACGGGGUACAUGGUUAAAUGACCAAGUAGAUUUUUUUUUUUAGUA